AAGAUGCAAAAUUCCAGAGCACAUAUUCAAUUGCUCAAUUUCGCUCCGCCUUCUCCUUCGCCUCGCCUCAAAAACCCUCUGUAAAACCCUAGCUCGAACCAAUCCGACAAUGGGGAAAAUCCCGCCAUCCUUCAGGUCCGCCGUCUCCACUCCAUUUGCGGCGAGGAAGCCGCCGCCGUCCUCCCUCGCCGCCGCCGAUUCCCCGAAGCCCCUCCUCCAUUUUCCCAGGAAACCCGCCAGGGCUCCCCGGAAAACCCGAACCCCGGACUCCCUCCCGGAGCCGGCGCCCGCCCUUCCCCAAUUCCGAUCCCUCUUCCAGUCCCCGGACCUGUCGGAGGCCAAGAAGGUCUUCAGCUCCGUCGUCGCCGCCUCGAGGUCGCAGCUCGACCCCCGCCUCCACAACUCCCUCCUCCAGUCGUACGCCGCGGUCGCCUCCGUCCGCGACUCGAUCGCGCUCCUCAACCACAUGGUCAAGGCGUCCCCGACCUUCUCCCCCGAACGGUCGACCUACCACGUCCUGCUGUCCCAAUCCUGCAACGCCCCCGACGCCUCGCUCGCCUCCGUCCGCCAAGUCCUCAACUUGAUGGUCAACCGGGGGGUCGCCCCUAACCAGGCCACCGCCGACGUCGCUGUCCGGUCCCUCUGUUCUUCCGGCCGCGAGGACGAGGCCGUCGAAUUGAUCCGAGAGCUGUCUUCGAAGCAAUCGCCUCCCGACACUUACACGUACAAUUUUGUUGUCAAGCAUUUGUGCAAGACCAGGGCUUUGGGUACUGCGUACAAUUUCAUCGACGAGAUGCGUGAGUCUCUGGGCGUGAAGCCUAAUUUGGUCACGUACACUAUACUGAUUGAUAAUGUCUGUAAUACUAAGAAUCUGAGAGAGGCGAUGCGGUUGGUCAGCGUAUUGAGCGAGGAAGGGUUUAAGCCCGACUGUUUUGUUUACAAUACGAUAAUGAAGGGGUAUUGUAUGUUGAGCAGAGGGAGUGAGGUGGUUGGGGUUUAUAAGAAGAUGAAAGAGGAAGGUGUGGAGCCUGAUCUUGUGACCUACAAUACUUUGAUUUUUGGGUUGUCGAAAUCAGGGAGGGUAAAGGAUGCGAGGAAAUACUUGGGCAUAAUGGUGGAGGCGGGCCAUUUUCCUGACGCGGUGACAUAUACGUCGUUGAUGAACGGAAUGUGCAGAGAGGGGAAUGCAAUUGGAGCAUUAAGAUUGUUGGAGGAGAUGGAGUCUAAGGGGUGUAGUCCGAAUUCUUGCACAUACAAUACAUUGCUUCAUGGGUUGUGUAAGUCGAGGUUAUUGGAAAAAGGGAUCGAAUUAUAUCAGAUGAUGAAAUCUGGGGAUAUGAAGCUCGAGACAGCUGCUUAUGCAACCUUUGUGAGAUCACUCUGUAGAGACGGUAGGGUGGCUGAGGUUUAUGAGGUUUUCGAUUAUGCUGUUGAGAGCAAGAGCUUGACCGAUGUUGCCGCUUACACUACUCUUGAGAGUACUCUCAGGUGGUUGAUGAAGUCAGAGAACAAGGUCUUGCAGUCUAACUGGUGAACCAAUACUGUGUUGACGCUGUGUAUUACUUUGUGGUAAUUGGGUUCUUUAAGAUGAUCUUUUCUUUCUUGGUAUGUCAUUCCAGCUCUCCAUAAUAUCACCGCAAUUUGCUCUCUUUGAUUUGGCGCUCGUCACAGCUAACAUCAAAAGAGCUGUAUGCAGAACUUUGGAGCAUGAUGUAACCAUUGGAAGUAUCUCCGAAGCUGAACGACACUUGUAAUGGAAUCUCUACAAUGGACUCUUUCAGACACACAGAUGAUUGUUGUGACACUCCAUAUUUGUGCCAAGUUUCCAAUUAUAUUUGUUACAAGGAUACAGGGGAACUGAACUACUUUGAAGAAGAGCAAGAAUUGGGUGUUCCAUGAGGAGAUCACUACCGACCAUCCCUUUUGCAUUCAGCCACCGAAUAUCACCAUGGCAGAGUAAUAAAAUCAUCACUUGUCUGUGCCCAACAAUUGGGUUUGGGGGCCAGCGGUUCUGUAAUGUCUUCUUAUCUUCUAUCAAUUUUUAAAUGACAUGUUGGUUUCAAAUGUCCACCUUACUUAUACUCUCUUCUCUGGUGAGGUCUGUACAUGAAAUUAUGUUUUCAGCGUCUAUUCAAGAACAUUAUGGGCUGGCCUUUUAGAGAUUUAGGAAAUGGUCCCGUUAUGGGACUUUAGAUUUUGACCGGAUCCGGUAUUGUAACCUCAGAAUAAGUUUAGAGGUGUAUUUCUGCUGCGGUAGAUAAGUACAGAAGAUGUUCUCUGUUUUCU